ACAGUGGUUGUCAUUAGAUUCAAGCGAUUGAUGAGCUGCUGCUGGUUGGAUUUUUAUUUUCGCGAAAAGCUUCGCCAAUGUUUUGAAUUAUUGCAGUUCAGUUGCUCCGUGAAAUCAGUGUAGAUUAGUCGAACCGGAGUCCGGGAGGUUCCCAUUAGGAGGUGCACCGUGCGAUGAAGAUUGCGAGGAGAUUAAUCUGUUUACCGAAAGCGAGCUCCGGAAGCGCAGUGAAUAAAUCAGUGUAACGAGCGGACCAAAUAAGACGGAAAUAUUUUGAACGCUCGACGGUGAAUCUUCCCUCGGGAGUGAGUGCCAACGGUUCUUCUCCGGGAAUGAAAUUGAAACGGAUGCAGCAGUACGGGAUGAUGUUUUGUUCGAAGGGGAAAAAAGUGAACUGAGUGGGACUGAAAAGGUGACAUCCUAAUUGGAUUAAUUGAGAGUGAAAGAGUCCGGCACGUAUGAGUUGAUUUUCGUCGGGCCGGUGUUGAGGAUAUAAAUUCCCAGACUCCGGGAUUUGCAGGAGGCGGAUGUUUGCAUAUAUCUCUGGUGUGGCGCAAUAAGUGUGAUGCAUCGUUCUGUUUCUGGGAAUUUCAAAUGGUCAGCGUGGAAGAAGAAAUCCAGAAGGAUCCCAGCGGUGCACUAAGGCAUGUGUCGGUGUGUUGGUUGAACAUGUGAUGAGAUUGAUGUGGAAUGCAAACAGGAAUAAUGAAGUGCAAUUUUUGUUACCUGCUGCUGAUGAUGCUGACCGGGCUGUUGGCAUUCGGAUUGACCGGUCGGAAAGUGGCAGGAUAUAGCAGUGAUCCACAUCUGUUUGAAAAUAGAGAUGGUUACAUAAUUGGAAACUACUUGCACGCCUCCGAGCAGGACAUCCGGGAUUUCUUCUGGACGGGAUCGGGGGACGGACCGGCGCUUAAUCCCAUCGACCGGUUUCCAAUCAGCGAAGAUGCAAUCAUCAAAACGGCCACCGUUGUGGCCACGGUGUACAUCGACCGGAGUAACGGGGACGGGGUGGGGGGUGAGCUGUGCAUCUUCGAUUGUCCCCCGAGCGAUGUGGACGAGACAAUCGACAACGUCACUCCGACCGAUCGACGGUUUUGGCUGAUGACCGUGAUUGGGGGAUUGUUCGGUAGAAAGGAUUACCCCGAGCUGGAGGAAAAACUGGCUCGAUUGUAUCGGGUUGCAUUCACGAGACAGCAAGCCUUACAUCUCGGAAUCAACAACAAUACACUCCAGAUGCAAUCGUCACCGGCGGAGGCAGCUAAACGGCGUGCCAAAAGACAAGCUCGCCUGGGGAAGGCUGGACCGCGGGUAGGCUACAACGAGGCCAGUAGUCGCACUAUGGCAAAAGCAUCAAGUGGCAAGCGAAGGCUAGAAGCGGAAGGUAGAAAUGUUCUUGUGAAUGAGCAGGUUUAUACGUAUGAACGCUAUCGGCGAAGGCACAGAAAAAAAGUUUACAAACGAGACACACAUGAGAGUGUCUCCGUUGAAAAUACCGACAGCCAGAAAGUGUUGGUUGUGUCCGAAACAGGACAUGCGGAGAUAGAAAGGGACGAACCUCUAGAGCAACUGCAACGUACGCCUGGCGAUGAAACAGCAGAGCGCGACGUGACUGAUGGCGACGGAACGACACCACUUACGCGUAAUUAUGACAAGGAUGCCUACUCGAGCCGACGGAAAGUACGUAUUUUGAUACACAACACCACCCACCUGCGGGAGGGGGACAUGGACGGCGAUGACGACAGCGGAUCAACGGUGGCUGACUCGCCGAGAUCAAAUCAAUUACUGAAUCAGACUGAAAUUAUCUAUUCGGUGUUCGUCGGAGGUCAACCGGUGCUGGCAACAACGGCCGCCGAAGAUAUGAAACUCAUGUCGCAGGAGGAAGUCGAACACGUGAUGGAGACGAUGGUUUACUUGAAAGCGGAUCCAUACUUGAAGGAACCUCAAGCGACACCGUUGAUACCGUCAACGUUCAAUGGCAGUUCGAACGUGAUUGCACUCAUCGGUCAGAAUCCGACGCUUUUUGUGGUAGCCUGCGUAGCGGCGACCAUGUUCCUGAUACUGCUGGUUGGAAUCUUUCUGAUAGCGCGUGGCAAGAGGAAGGAUAUCACCGAAUUGAAGAAGCUGGAGUCUACGCAGGCCUUGGUGAUGCCUGGAACAACCGGAGACGACCUGAACGGGGUGAAAUCGGAAAGUGCCAGCAGUCAUCAUUCCCCAUUCAUCCGGGACCCGUCGGGCGUCAGCGUAAUCGGUGCCCACUCCACCCAGAAACCUUCCCCGACCAUUCACUUCCCGCUGCCGCCGAUGUCCCGUCCGACCUCGUCCUCCAGCUACUCUUCGGACUCCUCCGUCUAUUACCCCAAACGGAAGCUCAAACAUCACGUCCAAGAGCAGAUUGACGCCCGAACGGUGGCCCUAACGAAUAAACUUCAGAAACAGUUUGGAGCGCUGGCGGGAGCUGAGAACGUUUACGCGUCUGUCCAGAAGCCCAAGAAGGAACAUCCCCACAAGCGCCGUCGGAAAUAUCUCAGCGAGAACCGGGUGGGAUCGUUCGAGGGGGCUAUUAUGCACCACGCCCCGGGAAGUCCCAUUACGACGAGUACCAGCAACAGUGCCAGUGGAUCCAGCGAGCAGUCGUACGACGCGCGACAAGCGAAGCUAUCGCCACCGAUAGAACACAACGAAACCUUCAAUACCAAUGUUAUUAUGAAGCACUACAUGAAGAAGAAGUCGGGUGGCCACUACAAUGCUGGGUUCACGAUGGAGCAACACGUUCCAGCAGAUGCGUUCAGCAGGGAUAGGAUCCGAUACCUGGAGAAGGGUGGCCGAGCGUCGGUGGAUACCGGUAGCAUUGGAUCGUAUCUCAGCAUGGCGUCGGUUAAGAGUUUUCCUAGAUGUUUCGUCCCGGAACCACUGAGCCGAGUAUUGGAGCCCGUGACGAUGACCCAUUUGGACCAGUCGGAAGGAUGUGGAGACGGAGCGAAGUGCACAGCGCCAGGUACCGCAUCCACUAGUCAGUACAACACCGAUACGGAGAUCCAACUAUCGCGAACACAAAGCGACGGAGCCGAUCCGGGGGUCGUGGGACCCAUCGUUUGGCAGAUGCACAAGAAGGAGAUGGAAGAAAUGACAAGUCCCAUUCGGGAUCCAGUGGUGGCACGCAAUCGUUUCGAGGGCCUGCUGGAGGGAGCGAUUCAGCUGUACUCCGAGCCAGCUGACAAGGAGGAAGCCAACAAGCAUUCCAUCCCGCUACCAGGAGUGAUACGACCAACGGUAGAGAACCGUGGAAAAUCAGCGGCUGUUGUAAGAUCACCCCGCAGGGAAACAUCUCGCGCAUGCUCGGCCACUGUUCGGCCCGUUACGGCGGCAGGUCAGGCACGUAGUAGACUGGAGAGUUCGGGGCCACCUUCGCCCGGGAGAGGAGCCUGGGGCAGUGGAACACACUCACCGCUGGUGAGACCCAUGAGUGCGGGACCAUUCCAUACCCCGAUGGCCCCUCAGGUAGAUAUCACCCGGGUCCUGGCGCCGCAGACCGUUUUGCAAUCCGCGGAGCUUUCGACCGCACCACUGCUGCAGAAUAUCAUGCAGGAACUGAAACGAUUCCGGAAUGAAUGAUUUUUCCUCCGAGGGAAGAGUAGUGUUUUGUUCUAGAACGGUAAUCCAAAACUAUCAUCACACUGAACACUGCCAGUUUUGUGGUAGCAAGAUUUUGACCAUUCCUAUCGAUUUAAUACUAACAACUACUAACUCUGUAUUUUCGUGUAUCAUUUGAGACCUAGACUAAACGAUGAAUUAUACAAUUACGAAUCAGAUUUGAAUAUGACAUUUUUCGGGGAUGAAUUAAAUAAAGUACAAAAAUUCUAGCAAAAAAGU